AUGUAAAUAGGAUAAGUAAUAUUAACAACUCUCUAUUUUAUAUAAGGAUUAAUUGUAGGUUUACCUGGAGGAGCAAUCUAAGUGUUAUAUGCACAUGAGAAAGAUAUUGGGAUAUUCACAUUAUGUACAAUACCUUGGGCUUUCAAAUUUGUAUGGUCACCAAUCUAAGAUUAUUAUUUUAUUGAAAAAUUCGGCAAACGAAAAACUUAUAUAGUUCCAUUUCUUUCACUUAUGGGUAUUCUUUUAAUAUUGGUUGCAAAUGCUGAACAUACUCUACUUAAUCUAUUUUAUUAUUACAUUGCUUUAAUGAUUUGUUUAUCUACAAGUGACACAGCAAUAGAUGGAUGGUCAGUUACAUUAUUAUCAAAUGUAGCUUAAUAAAGUGUAUGUUAAACCUUUGGAUAAUAAGUUGGAUGGUUCAUCUCUUAAUCUAUUUUCAUAUUGCUUAAUCAAAAAAACAUAAUCAAUUUUGCUCAAUAUUAAUAUACUCUAGGAAUAAUAUGUAUAAUAAUGUCAAUUAUUGUUAUUUUUGUUAAAGAAACUAAUCCUGAUGAAGUCAUACAUUAUUAGAGUCUAUUUCAUUAGAUUAAAUAAGUUAAAGGAUUAUAUUACAACAAAAAUUUAAGAUUCUUGUGUUUAUUCAUUUUCCUUUAAAGAAAUGGAAUAGCAUUUAUGGAUAUAGCAGCACCUAUAGUAAUGAUAAGAGCAGGAAUGGAAAAGACAUUCAUAAGUUAAGCUUAAAUAAUUAUAUUCUGUUGCACUUUUUGGAUUCCUUUGAUUAUUGGUUAUUUUAUAUCAGGUAAAAAGAAAGAGAAUGCCUUAGUUAUAAGUGCUUUGACUUAUUAAACAAUUAAUAUGGCUUUCUUUUUAUUAGAUUAUUAUGAAUAUCGAAAACAUCCAUUAACUGAAGGCACAAUUAAUUAAUUUUAAUACUUAUUUUGUUUCCAAUUAUUAGUACAUGAGUAUUUAUAUUGUUUGAAUAAAUAGAAUUUUUAAGAAAAUCUUUACUGUUUGUACUUUUUCAUUUGUUGCCGAAAUUGUUGAACCUUAAUUAGCAGGAAUGCAAAUAUCAAUUAUUAGUUCAUUACAUAAUGUAAGUAGAGUAAUCUUGGAUCCUUUGAUUCUACAAUCAACUGCAUAUUUUAAUAUAUAUGCUUUGGUUUUAAUAUGUGUGUUUUAUUAGAUUAUAGUAUUGAGAAGGUAUGGAGAUGAAUUCAAAAUCAAAUAAUUUAUAUCUAAAGAGAAUUGGACACUUCAUACACAAGACACAAUUGAUGACUAUCAAGAAUUAAAAGAAAUUAAAGGAUUUAAUAAUCAAUCAUGA